CUUUGUCUUUGACAAAAAGAUAUUGUUCUGUGCAAAAAGAUCCUGUCAUUUGAAAAAUAAAACAUAUUUGUUUUGCAAUUUAUUUCUUUUCUCCAUUUAAAAAACAAAUAGUUCCUUUUCAUUCACAUCAUAAAAUGGGUGUUGAUAUAGAAACACUGUCACCUGGCAAUGGAACAACUUAUCCCAAACCAGGUCAAACUGUUGUUGUGCAUUACACAGGUACAUUAGAAAACGGCAAGAAGUUCGAUUCAUCGAGAGAUAGAGGACAACCUUUUAAGUUCACUCUUGGAAAGGGUGAUGUCAUUAAAGGUUGGGAUCAAGGAUUAGCUAAGAUGUCUGUUGGAGAAAGAGCAAGGCUAACAUGUACACCUGACUUUGCAUAUGGCUCGCGUGGUCACCCUGGUGUUAUCCCACCCAAUUCUACUCUUGUAUUUGAUGUGGAGUUGUUGCGUGUUGAAUAAUUCAUUAUCUCUUGCCAUUCUUAGUAUAAUAAUUAUUUAUGGUACAUCUAUUGCAGUAAUUAAUUAUAUAAUGUUGUAUUUGUUAGUAUUAUACUAAGUUACUUAAUGUAUUUUUACUUUUGUUUUCAAUAGGAACAUUAGCACAAACAAUUCAACAAAUCUAAAUAGCUUUUAUAAAGCAUUUAAAUUAAUGCAGACUGAUUUGACUGAUUUUUCAGCUAAGUGUGUUAUGUACAGGACCUAUAUUGUAAUCCUAGAGUAACUCACAAAUUAUGUCAGUGAUUCUUUU